AUUGUUGUUGUUGCUGUUGCGUGUGUCCGAAUUGCCUUUCAAAAGUCAAAUCAACAUAACAAAAUUCGAAAAACCAUGUGUAUACCUUUAUAAACUCACCCCAGGACCCGAAAAGUAAAUCCGGUUUUUGACACCGCUGACAUUAUGGCUGGCCCGCCGGCGGAGGGCAUGUAAAUAUUGGAAAAACCACCGGAACGAAGAGAAGAACACAACACAACCCCCUAGAAGAUUGAGAAAUCCCAGCCGGACAGCAUGCAAUCCCUGCGCAGCUGCCCGGCCCGUGGCCUAAUCCUCUCCAGGGCCAUUCGCAGUCAGCCCAGCCUGCGGAUGAGUUGGCCACGGAGAAGCGGCACAGUCGGAGGAGCCGGUGGAGCAGCACCCAGUGGAGGCACCACCGCCACCACCACCGUUGGCCUUGGAGCACUCCAAAAGCUACGGGAAUGGCACGCGAACGCCUUCAGCAGUCGUUUCCUGCUCUUCACCAACGUGGGCAUCUCCCUGACCCUCAGCUGUGUGGGCGACAUCCUCGAACAGCAUCUGGAGAUCUAUUGCGGCGAAAUCGAACGCUUCGAGUCCACCCGGACCGCCCACAUGGCCACCAGUGGUGUGACCGUGGGCGUGAUCUGUCACUAUUGGUACAAGAUGCUGGACAAACGACUACCCGGUCGCAGUAUGCGCGUGGUGGCGAAGAAGAUCGUGCUCGACCAGCUGAUCUGCUCGCCCAUCUACAUUACGGCCUUCUUCGUCACCCUGGGCCUGCUGGAGCGGAAGGACAAGCACGAAGUGUGGGAGGAGAUCAAGGAGAAGGCCUGGAAGCUGUAUGCCGCCGAAUGGACGGUGUGGCCGGUGGCUCAGUUUGUCAACUUCUAUUGGAUCCCCACCCAUUACCGCAUCUUCUACGACAACAUCAUCAGUCUGGGCUACGACGUGCUGACCUCGAAGGUCAAGCACAAACAGUCGCAUUCGCACCUCAAGAAGGUUCCCUAACCCUGCGCCAGCCUCUGCCUCUCCUCCUUUCCUUGUAACUAUUUAUUAUCAAAGCGAAAACCUUGUAAAUACAGACGAGACCGUGUACAGAGACUAAGCAUUAUGUUAUUCAUGCGGUUGGAAUUUCGAUCGUUGGAAACCUGUUGAAAGUUUUGGCCACAAAGGACCAACAAGUAAAACGAUGCGAAGCGAAGAAGGAACUCAGAAAAGGAAGACCGUGCGGAUGACGCACAUCCAUCAUGUCGGAGGUGAUAAGAUUCCCUCUAGCAACAGUCGGGCUAACAAACAGGCGAUGCGGUGUGAUGCGAUGAGAUUGGGGCGCUGCCAAGCCUACCUACUGAGUUGUUUCCACCUGAUAAGCUCUGCUUAGCAGCCGCCUUAAAAAUAAUUUACACAAUUAUUAGCCAUGGCAGUGAUAAGCGGCUGAGGAACUCAUCAUUGGAAAAUGUGUUGCUAUAAAUAUAGAUAGACACGUGAGGGCUUCUAUGCUAUAACUGAUCUCACGAAUUUUCAAUUUUGCUGAUUUGACUUUCAAAGAUUCUAACUGAAAUUAGUUAGAGGUGUGUAGAGGAGGUAAACGAUUACAAAACUUUAAAUAAAAUAAAUAAUGAAAAAGC